GCUAGAUAACCUUUGGACAACUGAGAGUUUGGUCAUCUGCUAGGUUCCAAACCUGCUAAAGUUCUGGAUUAUGCACUUGACCCACUGUUUGAGUUUCAUGGUCACCAUGGGAGCUUAAUGUUCCUACCGCAAAAAGGCCGUCCUCUCGCCUCCUGCUGUGAGAAUCUCUUCCCUAGUCUGCAACUUCCUUCCCGCGCCUUCCCCCUGACAGCUACUCCACGCUCAGUAUCAGCGACUUGCCACUUUGGCCUCUACACAGUUUUAUCUCUUGGUUUCGACUUUGUCGCUACUGGCAGAACUGCGAAAAUGCACUGCUGCUCCAAAAUCACCCUUGUUGCUCUUGCUCUCGUCUCUGUUGCCAAAUGAGCUACUGCAGCCCCGGCUCUUAGGAUGGGCAUGGGUGGAAGUAAGAACAAUGAGAAUGUGUCUAUACUUUAGGUAAACCUCGCUGCUCUGAUGACGCACAAUGCGGCCCUGCCUUCAGGAUGGAGGCUGCUGCUCUGCUAAAUGCCAGCGGGAGUAUCUGAUCUUUGGGAAGAUUCGUUGCGUCCGGCCCAAGUGAUUUACAUCACUUAUUCCCUUUUCUUAUUCUUAAUGUUGCUAUUUACGUGUAUGAUGUUUUAAAUUACUUCCUCUUGUGGUUUCUUAAAUAUAUAAGAAAACAAACCUGUAUUCGCG